AUGAGCAGAAGUAACACCCUAAAGAUGGAAAUGGACGUCUCUGCAUCAUCAACACCUGCUCAGGUAUUUGGUCGGCUGCUUCAGCUUCUAACUUUGGCUUCCUUUUGGACAGACAGUAUUUGGUUACCUUGUGUAUAUAUAUCUAUAUUUAAAUGUGGCUCCUCUGAUUGCCUCAUGCUGGAAAUGGAUUAACUCUAAAUGCUGUUUAUGUUCCUGUUUGAUAAAUCUAAACUUUGAUGAAGAAGAUCCAAAUUUACAGAGAGUAUAAAAGGCUUGAAUCUGAAACUCAUGUAUGCAAAACCUCUGGCUUUUCAAAACAGUUAUGUAAAUUAAUUAUAAAAACUCCCUGCAUGUAUUUUGUAUGUUCCUGUAUUUACUGUGUUGCAGAAAAGGGCAGCGAUGCAUUGUUAGUUUUCUCCAGCAUUGUGCAGCAUCACAUUUACUGUCCUCUCCUCGACCCCUCUUUACGGCUCACUUUAUAACUCCUGACAUGAAUUUAUUUGAGAGUUUGUAGAUAUCAAAAGUGCAGAAGGGCGCCUCGAUCAUCGUAAACCCCUCCGUGUUCACACUCCUUCUGUCUGCACGCCGCAUUCAGCAGGUUUAAUGAAACUGUACUUUUCUCAACAGCUGCUGGAAAUGAUGCUGAACAGUCAGAGAGAAGCAGAGCAGUCGGCGGAGAGAGGGAGGGAUGAGGCAACUUUGGUCUGUCUGCGGUAAUCGUGCAGACAAUGAAACAGUUUGGGUUGAAACAGUGAGAAAUAUGGAGGCAUGUGAGGUCGCUUUAAAGGAGCCGUCUGUUCAUCUGCAGGAAGGACCGACCUCUUCUAUCCAUGCUGUUCUCCUUCUGUUUGUAUUUGUCCUCACUGUUAAUAACUCAGCUCCAGGCCUCUGCACAAGAAUCAGCGUUUGUUUAACAACAGAAACAGUGACCAUACUUUUGUGAUUUCGUUUAGCAUUGUGUAUUUUGCCGUUCCGAUUGGCUGUUGAGUUAUUCCACGUAGCAAACAGAAGCAGCUAACCUCCUGGGCUCUAUUUUCGUGCCCUCUAGUGGCGCGGCAGAGAGGAUGGUGCACCCCAUGCAGAGGUAUUUUCAUCUGGCGGAGCCCGGUGCACAGCCCUCCACAGUGCUUACAGCGAGGGGCUGCCUUCUCUCGCCAUUGUGUUGCAUUGCUAUCGUCAGACAUCUCUUGAUCUCUUUGACUACAUCACAAAAAUUGUAAUAUGCCUCGCCAGUGGCAGAUUUAAUGGUGAGGAGAGGCGCUGAUGUGAUUGGUGAAAACAGGUCUCGGCUGUGUUAAACCCACUCCACGCCUUAUCCCCUCCCUCUCUACGACUUUAGCCGCUGGGAGGAGCUGAGUUAGGGAGGGGGGAUACCUACGCCUAGCUGUGCCGCUCACCACAAUACCAAAAUGAACUUGGGCAUGCUUUAUUGACGUGGAGGACCUGACUUAUGCUGCGCCUGCGCCACGCGAGGCACGAAAAUCAGGCCCCCUGUCUGCUGGCGUCCAUCUGCAGUCAAAUAGUCACUUCUUUCUCUUCCAGUGAACCGUCUCCGUCACCCCGUGAAAAACGCCUCAAAGCAUUUCUGAAUUUCGACGCCUCCUGUCCACUCUUGUGCGUUUCUACCGCUGCACAUGUGGAGGCUAUACUUGCAUUUCUCCAACUGUGGCCCAUCAAAUAUUAAUAUUUCUGUGAGUGCAGAGUAAAUGUGGAGUAUAAAAAGAAAGGGCAGCAGACUUAGGAAAUGUGCCGGAGAAGAGGGAUCGGAGAAAUGCACACACUAAUCGAAAGACCUGCAGGUCAGCGCAAAUAUCUGCCAGAAAAUGAGAAUUUCAUUUUGGCUGCUUUUAUGAACUCGUCCAAACUAUAAAAAACAUCUUCCUUAAAGCAUCAUGGGAAGUGCUCAGCAGGAAAUCAAACCGACGUCUCCUGUUUGAUGGGAGAGGCGGUUGUGAGUCAAAGAUCAGCGCUGGAGCUGAACUUUUCCUUUCCUUGUUUUCUUUAUUGGUUUGUUGUCGUCAUUACUAUUUCAUCUCCUAUAAUGGAGAGUCCGAGGUUGCGAGUGGUCAGCGAACGCUGCUUACAGAGAAAUAUUCGGGCUCGGAAAGUGCAAAAGCCAAAUUCAUAAAACUUUAAGCGUUCCAUUUUGAGUUUGCAGUGCAAAACAAAUGAACAAAUGCAGUCCAUUAGUUUGUCGGAGAAAACACAAACAGCUCGGCUUAAUUUUGUGAAAUGAGGGGAGGAGGGAAAUGUCAGCGGAGGGGACGAAAACAUCCCUCAGCUCCAAAUCAGCAUUAUAAGUUAGAACAGUGUUGCAUACAUUAUAUUAUUACUGAAGCCUCACUUAUCUAUGACAGCAAUGUCAGUCUCUAUCAGGAACAUGCAGCACCAAGUUUAACAAUGAGUCUAUCUCAACUAUAACAUGCUGCGUCACGUGUUAAAGUCAUGGUUGACCAUCUGAGAAGCAGUAGAAAAAACUAGCAGAUUUGAAGAAAGCGUCCCACCCCCCCACACACAAACCUCUCCCAUCUGUGCUCCACGAUAACUCCCCCCCUGAACCAAUAGGAGCUGUCUGGGAUGGAUGGCUCCUAUUGGUCAAUGUUUUUGCAGCCCUGCACCUGAUAGGGUGAACAGAUUUGUUCCGUUCUUUUUUCUCUUCACUUUGUGGAGAUCGCACUAUAGGACCAUGAUCACCAUAGAAACGAGGUUCAUAAUAAUUACCAAUCUCUACAAUCGUCAAUCAUGCCUUUAAAGCCUCUGGAUUGAGCUGCUUUAUGUAUUUCUUCAUAUGCAUUAUAAUAUAAAUAAACCAAAGUAUGACCUGUUUUGUCUUAAAGAAAUAGUCAAGAAACAAUGUGGAGGAAACAUCCAAACCACUCUCACUUUUGUGUUGUUUUUGACUCAGGAUAACAGCCGGCCUUGAUGCCUUCCCUGUGGGCUGCUCUGUUCGAUUGCCCAACGUCCACUUUGUGCGGGAGGAGAUAAGCGCGGCCCGCUCUUUUAACAAACACGGCUCGAGCUGUUUGCACGAGGCUAUCUGUGAGGCAGGUGUGCAGGGAAGCUUUCACUUUGUAAGCCAUAUUCAAACAGAGGGGGGAUUACAUCUGUUCUUCCGGCGCCAGAGAAGCGUCCCGCUGAGCUCGCAGGCUUAUUUAACACAGGUUCGACACCGCCGACACAUCUGUACGCAGCCGAGUGGACAGAGAUAAGGGGAGGGGAGGGUGCUGGGCCGAUCAGAUAUGGAAAUGUGGGCGACGUGCUGAAGCCAUGCGGUGAGGAGAUGGAGCAGAGCGGUGAAUGACGAGACGGCGUGAAGACGUGGACGAAGAAAGUCAGACUGAGAGAGAAAGACCUUGAGAGGAUUAACUGCAGAUGUUUUAAAGCUUACGUACAUGAUCAAUCAGGAUAAGUUCAAUUCAUAUAGACACAUUAGCCACUGUCAUCUGGUGCUUCUACCGGUUCAAUAUCAGAGAGAAGAUUUGCAGUUAGUCCCUCCAUGUAGAAGAAGGUAGAAGAAGUAAUGAAGCUAAGAGGCAAAGGUUGUAUAAAUAUAGAGAAAUGUUCAGGCACUGAGGAUAGAAGAAGAAGAGGUUGUCUGAAAGAACGAAUUGUUGAAGAGCUGAAGAAGUAGAAGUUGUAUGAAUAUAGAACCUGUUGAAGAGCAUAUGCAGAAUAAUAAGAAGAAAGAGUUUGAAUGUAGAACCUGUUAAAGAACUAAAAAAUAAGGAGAGGUUGAAUAAAUGUAGAAAAUGUUGAAGAGCUAAAGUAGAAGAAGCACAGGAUGUAUGAAAGAACUGAAAUUGAAUGUUUUUAUGUAGAAACUGUUGAUGAGCUGAAGAAAUAGAAGUUGCAUGUAUGUAGAAACUGUUAAAGAGCAUAUGCAGAGUAAUAAGGAGAAAGUUUUAAUGUAAAAACUGUUAAAGAACUGAAGAAGUAUGAAUAUAGUUACAGUUAAAGGGCUGGAAGUAACUCAAAAGGAAGUUAUAUGAAUAUAGAAAAUGUUGAAGAGCUAAAAUGGAAGAAGGAGAGGUUGUAUGAAAGAAUGAAUAGUUGAAGAGCUGAAUUUGAACAAUGCAUUUAUGUAGGAACUGUUGAAGAGCUGAAGAAGCAGAAGAUUCACAAAUGUAGGAACUGUUGAAGAGCACAUGCAGAGUAAUAGGGAGAAAGAGUUUGAAUGUAGAAGCUGUUAAAGAACUAAAGAAGAAGUCAUAUAAAUGUAGAACCCGUGAAAUGCUGACUCAGCAUUUCCACUGAAUAAUUUCCAUGUAAAUUUGGUUCCUGGGAUCAGAGGAUCAACCUUAUAGCAGUAAGUCAGAAGGGCUGCAUGUUAAAGAAACUUAUUUAUGACUGUCCUUUUGCUCCCACGCUGAUAUGUUCAGAUUUAUCUCGACCCUACGCUGACGACUCUUUCCUGUUUGUUUCAGCCGAUGAGAAAACAGCAUGUCUAAUGAGGACCAGAGCAGACUUGGACAGGCUGUUCGCUGUCUGAACUCGAGUCAACUUUCACAUUUAUGAUUCAGCUCUUUAUCUUGUGUUUGACUUUAAGCUUUUGAUGCAUUAUAACUCUUGAACUGACUAAUAUUAACUGUGACCUUUCUGCUCGGUAGUCUGAGCUCACUUUCAGGGCAGUGAUUUACAGCACCGUCAUAUUUCCAGAGGCGCAGAUACGGCCGCCUGGAGUGUAUAUCUGUGUGUACAUUCAUGAAUAAGCAUUUGACUGUGAGAAACAGACAAACUGAGGAGGGGGAGGGGAGGCCCGGGCGGGCGGCGAACAGGGGCACCCAGAGGCAUGAAUCAUCUCAGCUGACAAGGAGACAAAGGUCUGAAUCAUGUAAUAACUCAACUCUUACUGUGAAUCUGUCACCCGGGUUUGAAUGCAGAGCGAGCGUGUGUGUGUACACCGGUGUGUGUUAGAGACAGAUGCUAAAUUUUCCCACUUACAUGAAGGGCACCUCUGUGGGAAGAAGGAUGGGGAGAUUGGGCCCCUGUGGGACGAGGGUAUUUGUCAGCGGUGACGUCCUGGUCAAAAUAAUACCGGUGCUGAUAUCGCCGGAGGAGGAGAGGAGGAGAGAAAUAUAGAGAGGGAAAAGCACAAAGGCAAGCAAGGAUAAGAAGGUCAGGAGCGCCUUCGACGCGGCGUAAAUGCAGCAUCGCUGUUUCAGUUUUAUUCUCUGUAAAUGUUUCACCUGAAAUCAACCCAGAGCUGUGUCCAUGACUGUGUUAAAAACGUCCACUGGGGACCUGUGGUUAUGUAAUCGCACAUUCUCAUGUUACAGUUAGUUAGUCGUCUGCAGGUACUGGUAAUCUGGUGCACACAGGGCCAAUGGGGAGUGAAUUUGCACCCACAUUUGAAAUGAGGCGUGGUUAGGUGCAGAAGUGGUGCACUGAGUUUGAGUCUUGGACGGAAGUCGCACUCUAACAUGACUUGUCUCAACUUGGACAAUCAUGGACAGUCUUUCUAUUUUGAAUUUUGGUCUCCAUCUGUAAUUUCCCACACCACAUCACCUGAAGGCCUUUUCUGAUAUUUACCAACAUAUUCAGUCAUUUGUCAUCCUUUAUGACAACUUCCUGUGAUCAAUAACUUAACGAUUACCAUUGGCUCCUUACUCUUGUCUAUGUCCAAUCUGAUAAAUGAGAUAAUGUCUCUUCAGCCUUGGUUUUAUUGUUAUAUGAUAUAUUGACACUCUGAGAGACUAAACUUGGGCUUGCAAAAAGUGACUCUUUCCCAUCUCAGACUUAACCCCAAUUUCCACCACAUCCAGAAUGGCUACAAAAAAGUCAUAUCCGCCGAUCGUACGGCAAACAUCACGGCCAUCCGCAUCCCGAGUUUGACAGACAAAAACCUAGUCCAAAGUCUGAAGCCCAUGGUGCAGCCGUGUUUUCCUGCAAGAUCGUAGAAACCAUCUGAGUCCACUUUGCACAGUCCUCACAGAAAUGCAUCAGGAUCUCAGACUGAAAGAAGACGAGAACACUCGUACUGAUAUCUCCUGACAGACCAGCGUAACCUCAGCCGUGCACAGGUCAAGCUCUCCAUCAUGCGCACCACUGCACACAUGCAGAUGCACAUAGAAACUGGCCAAAACAGAGUUAUAGGCUCAUUUUUCAAUCCUCAAAAGUGCUGCUUGACGACUUAUAAGUGGUUAGACACACUUUGAUUUACUUUGUGCCAUAGACCAUGAUUUUGGAGUGUUACAAAAAGAGGGCCCAUCGUGUUUGAAGUCUGGAACAACUGUCCGAUUGUCUCCUUGUGUCAACAGCUUUAAAAAUGACCCUAUCAGACAGAAAACAUGGCACCAGAACAUAUGUAAAUUCUGCCUCAGCUUACUCAACAUUCAGUGCAUGUAUCCUGUGUUAUUAGCUGCACCACAGCAUCAAGAAGAGUCGUAUAUGCUGUGAAGGUAGCGUGUGUCAGACGGCGUGUUUCCAGCCUGCUAAUGUGCGCGUUCAAAAGGAAUCCCCUGGUGGGAAAAUGAAUGUUUUCUCAUCUCGACAGAUUCAUGCACAUACACACGUGCUCUAGGGUGUCCUUGCACAUGUCAGCACCGUAACGCCAGUAUGUUCACACACACGCACACAUACACAUACAUGCACACAACCUUUGACUCUGGCGUUGGAAAAAUCUCCCUGAGGCCUGAAUCUGUCAGGAAAGAUGGAAAAUUCCUGAUUCUGUCACUGAUACAGAAAACAGUGACCUUCAGAGCAGAGAGCAGGCGCACAAGAGCGAACGGCUCAGAUUCUCAGGACAGAUUGGACCAUCUGUGUGUGUGUGUGUGUGUGUGUGUGUGUGUCAUGCCACAUAAGGUUCCUUCAAUCUCAGCGAUCCAUCAAGUCGAGGGCUUUGAAAGCUUUUGUGCCGGGGUAGGAGGGUACGGUUUUUUAUUUACACCUUGAGGGGGACUGUUUGGAGGUCGAGGGUGUAAAUAAGAGAAGAAGAAGAAGAAGAAGAUGUCAUGAGAUUUUUCCUUCAAUGCGGAAGAUGGGUUUAUGAGUUAAAGGUGUUGUAGGCAGGAAUCAGUUAAAGAAGCAUCUUUUUUUGUGGUGUAUUUACAAAACAGCUUCUAAUAUCAGUCAAUAGUUAUUAGUUAUUGAUGACAUUUGGUAAUAUCACGAUAUCUCUGUGUUCUCUUAUGUCUGUGUAGUCAACUUUUUAAAAUUUCAGAGCACGCCGCUCUUUCUGACUGUAAACAAAGCCAUUCUCCGCCUCCCCCAUCCUGAUUGGUUGUGAGGCAGACGCUGCUCCCCCGUGUCGUUCAGGAGCCCAAACAAAGUUAGCGUGCUACAAUAUCGGACAGUAGAAACCAACCAGAAAGUUCGGAAAAUUGUCUGAAUCCUCCUUUGGCCACGACUGCCGACACAAGCAAGAAAAACAAAGUAAAUACCGGAGACUCUGGAGGAAUAACGGGCGCUUAAAACGGAGGUAGACCGGACAAGAGUUAAAAAGCCGGGUCAACAUAAACGAUGGGGGACGCUUGGGGAUCUUGGUGACCCUGUAACCUUUCUGCUGGACAGGUAAACCGCUUUAACAAAGUAAGACAAGUGUCUGUAACAGAAGUGUUUCUUGUCAAACGGACCUGCUGUAGCGUGUUGUAGCGCCAUCGCUAAACUGUCCUCCCUCGGGUCCUGGACUAUGUCACUUUAUCCUCGUUGUAGAAGUCCUGCAAACAUUGUGUUUGCUGGUAGUCUGUUGGCAUCUACAGUAGCACCAAUGCUUUUUAAUCUUGUUAGUUUUAAUCAUGUUUUCAUCAGAAAAGCCUGUAUUCAGUUUGAUGCUGGUUUUUCUCUCGCUGUAGUCGCAGAUGAGGUGAAGAGGUCACGUUAUUCUCGUCCAGGUCAGAUGGUGUUUGACUCCACACGUGUGUUUGAGGUCUCCUUUACAAAUGUCUAUAAAAGACCCCUGAGACUCUGACGGCGGCGGCUUUUGUACAGAUCUCUCUGUAAAUUCUGUUUCACUUGAACAUCCAUGCUCUCCAUGACUCUUUCUUUAUCCUGACAAAUCUAGAGGAUAGUUUUGUUCCUGAAUAAGAAGUUUGAACCAUAAUAAUGUCUCUGAAGCUGAAAUAGUGUCACUCACAGGCCACGAAUACCCUUAUCCUGUAUCCACACAAACGUAGAUACAGCAGAGUGUCGUCAACGUAGCGAUGAAUCAGAAUAAUGUUUGAUUAUGAUUAUCAAUAAAAAUCUGCAACAGGGUUUUCUAAGUAGUGAGGGUAUGUCCUCACCUCCAGUUUCUGAGGAGACCUGAUAAAAAAAAAAAAACAUUUGGUGCCACCUCUCAGAUUUUUAACUUCAUCGGAGUCUUUCUUUUAUCCGCCGUCUCGCCUUUUGUCCGUUUUUCAGAACCGCGCGGUCCACUUAAAAAAACUGAUUCAUUUUAGAAAGUACAUGUUGUGCUUGUCCCCCUGUGGUUAGUGUGAGCCUGUCAUUAGUUUUUGAUGCUUUCUUCACAGCAAAGUUCCUGUUUUCCAGCGAGACAUUGUACCACCGUCGAGGAGAAGCUCUCACAAAGACAGAAACACACACUCACACACACUCUCUCUGUGUCGAUUCUAUUAAGCAGUGCACAUGCAUGGGUGUUUUUCCCCCUUUUUUUCAGAUGUAUCUGGUGAAACACAAAGAAAAGCCUGAUUUGCACUCCCACAGUGUGCUGAAAAUGGACAUGGACACCUGCCUGCUCUGCUUUUCUUUGGACCUGAGGAAGAAAAAACAGGUAAAGUGCACUCAGAGGAGUGUGUGUUUUCUCCAGCUGUGUUUUUGGGUGUGUGUGUGUGUGUGUGUGUGGAGGUGGAGGACAGAUCCCAUACUUUCCCUCCUGAAUGAAAAACUGUGAAUUUCACUCGUGGUUUCCAACAAUCAAGAAUCAGUCUGACGUGUGUUUGAUAUUCCUGCACCUUUACCUUGUUUUCCUCAUAGACUCUCUCCUUAUUGAUCAUCUAUUGAUGGUUCUUAUUGUUUCCAUUGGGGAAAUGUCAGAAUAACUAUCCAGAUAGACACUUGAUUUCUUGCAUUGGGGAUUUUUUUAAUUGCAUGUCCUAUUUCUUAGCAUUUUAUUUAUUUAGAUUGUGUUUUUAGCAGAAAUCCACGUUUCUUGUGUGUCCGUCUGAGGCUAAAGAGUUUCUAAAGAGCUUGGAAAGUUGAAUUAUUUCAAAGUUUCAUACAUUUAAUGAUAAAAGUUGCAGGAAUGGCGGCUAUGAUAGACAGGUAGAUGCUUAGGUCCUCUUUUGUAGCUGUGAACGGGCUAUAAGGGGUAAAUCCUCAAUGCAGACUUUAACUUCUAUGCAGAUGACACUCAGCUCUACGCUCUGUUACUGAUGUGAUCACUCUUCUCUCCUCCUGACUCAGAAAAGUCUUUUUUUCUCUUCCAAACUGGACGACUGUGAUGGACUUUAUUCUGGCGUCUGUUAGCACAAUAUCCGAAGAUUACCAUGAAGUCAAAACUCUGCAGCCAGACACACAGGAUCUGUAUUUAGCGUCUCGCAUCACACAGCAAAUAAGUUUCCAUUCUAAUCAAUGCAACAAAGCGUACAGAAAGUGUAUCAGCUCCGUCGCAACGUCGUAUCGAGAGCAGCUCUGCUAAAGAUACGAGGCGAGUCUCUUUUUGCAGCUUUACGCUUACAAUCCACACAGAGAAGGUUGUUCCAGACAGGAAGUCAAGCACGAAAACCGCGCAUGUCAUCCGGUAUUUCAAAAUAAAACACCACAUGUGAACAAGUAAUAGAACAAUCCGAUGGUCGGUCCCUGAUCCAUGUGGACCCCAACAGGACUUUGACCUGCUAACUCUGUCUGAAGGUAACAGCGUAAAGGAACAGAGUUUACUUUAUUAAACACCAGGAAACCUGAAAAAACACAAACUGUAAAAUCACUUCAAGCUUUUUCACAGACAGUCGAGGAUCAACAGUCACUGAAUUAUAUCAGAAUUAUCAGAAAAUCGACCACAGAAAGGAAAUAAAAGAUUAUCUGGUGAUAAAAAGAGGCUCUUUAUCCGGUCUUUGUCUCUGUUGGGGCUCAAAGUUUGUUAGCUGCUAUCAAUAACGUGACCUCUGCCACAGAAUUGCAUUGUGGGUACUGUAGGCACAGGUUUUAGAGACAAGAGUGUGUGCCGAGGAAUAAAAACAUAUCUCACAUCUUUGGUGAAUUUGGGUCGAGAGUUUUAAAGCGUUGAAGUUUCACAGGAGUCUGGGGCUAAAUCUUUUCAGUGACAUGUAGAAACUUCAUUUUUUUAGGGGUUUAAAGGAGCAGGGCUCAUGAAAGAUCUCUGAGAUGUCAAGUGAAGUUCAGAAAGUUCAUAUUUAUCACCCGGAGAGCCUCAGCGGCGCUCUCAGCAGGCUGCUCAGACUGUCACAGAGACAGAUCGGGGCGUCUCGUAUCCACUAACGGUCCAGGAUGGAUCCAAGAACAGACGAGCGGCUGAGAGAGAAUCUGUGAAGAAAAUGGACUUUUAAUAGACACACACAGAACAUGCUGACUCAUGUAAAUGCACGCACAAGAACACGCAGAAUGAUGUCUCUGUGGCGGCUGACGGCGGCACUCCUGCUGUCAAAAGCGAUUUAGCUUCCAUAACCACCAAACCAAGUCCAACAGGGGCGCCCCGAACGAGGAGAGAAAGAGCGAGUUCUUUUACUGUAAGAGAUUCACGUCAGGAAAGGGUAGUUUUAUUCUGUCGGCCAGCAGAGCCGCAAAGAUAAACUCGUUUUCUGCACAGGUGCUUUACUGCAUCGUCUUAUCCUGCAAAAUUCACCCCCUCCUUUAAGGUUUCAGGAAUGUUCUGAUGAAAUAUCUUCUUCAUAUUUCUGCAUCCAAACUGUCCGAACAUCGAUAUCCAUCCCUGAAAAACAAACAGACAGCGUUUGUACCAAAGACGUAAAGGUCAAGAGGUACAUGUGUUUAACAUUUACACCCUCUCCUGUAUCCGUCAGCGUGAGUGGAGUCAAACAAUGACAGCUCUGUAAGAGAGAGAGAGAGAGAGAGAGAGAGAGAGAGGGUGAAAGACAGACGGCUUUUCUGAUAGACAGAGAGAGAGAGAGUGAGAAACUCGUAAACUGUUUCUAAUCACUCGGAGUCUUCACGCUGAACGGCCCUCGGCUGUUUAUCUGCUGCUGUUUACACACAGAAAAAAAAAAAAAACACCUCUGACACGCUUUUUCUGUCUCAAGGUGAGUCGUUUAUAAUCAAGUGAAGCUCAGAGCGGCAGUUUGCAUAAAAAUCUACAAAUUCAACCUCCGCUGAUUUCACAUGCUGCUCAGGGAGGAAGUACAAGGACUCAGAAACGUUUUACCGGGUUAACAGGUGUGCUCGAGUUUUUAAAAAGCUCUCUUCAACCCGGCGUGCAGAGCUGUUGGAAAAGGUUUGGUAAGAGGAGGAAAAAAUAAGACAAUCGAGAUUGAAGUGAAACUCUGUCGUCUUUUUGUAGAUCAACAUCGAUCCAAAGUGAAACGGUCAGACAUGGAAACUUACAUCGUCUUUUUGGCUCCGUGUUUCAGGAGGAUCGAAUUUCACACCUUGAAAACGGGCGGAGACGAACAAGUGAAAGGUUUUUAGACGUCAUUUCACCCCGAUGACACCAUGGAUGAGGAGAUGCUGAUUCUAGAAGUCUAGAAGUAGAUUUCCUCCUCUGGAAGGACACAAUCUACUGCUUAUAUGUGUCUGUCUUUAUAGAGACAACUCAUUAUCACACGACUGAACGUGAAUCUGCGGGUUCUUGUGAGUUCUCGUCUCGUCUCGUCUCACAAACAGAUCGGGUAGGAAUUGGUAAAAAUCGCUGCCGUUCCAUAGCGUAGCCGUUCUGGAUGCGGUGGAAAUUGGGGGUAAGAGUUCUUGAACGUAACCUUUGGCCUGCAGAUAAAAGUCACUGCUAAACUCUGCUGUUGUACUGUAUUGUGCAGCCCCUCUUAUAAAAUAAACUCGUGCAUGUGUCAUUUUAAAACGUGGGUAACCGUGCACAGACCUGUUUUUGGACUAACACUGACCAUCAGUUAAAACCUGUCGGUCCUCUGUUCCAGAGAAAGGUGACCUGAUGAUAUAACACCCUCACUGAUCUGUUUUUAUCUGAUCCUGCUCUGCUGCUUCUCUGUGAGAGAAGAAUAUUAAAGUAUAUUUUCCCUCAUUUCUGAAUAAUCACAGAUCAAAGUUAAAGCUCUAUUCUGGUUCAUGUGAAAGUACACAUGCGUGGAAACCUGCCGCUCUUUUCAUAGACUCUCUAUAGAGGAGGACGCUGCUUUCAAAAGGCACCAUCAUCAUCAUCAUCAUCAUCAUCAUCAGACUCAAUCUUCCUACACAUUAUUAACGGAUAACUGCAUUGUGGGACUUCUUCCAUUAGAGUCCGGCUCGCUCCUGCAGCAGUUAGAAAAAUCUGCAUAAAAAUCAACCAAAUGUUUUCACUUUGGUGGAGAAAGUCGGAGUGAAACCAGAAGAUUGAAGAAAAUGUCUGUAAGAGCGUGAAGUUGUCAGACUCUGAAUUUGUGCCUCUGUCCUGGAUGAGACCUGACUGAAGUUUGGAGGGUUUCUGUCGUCUCUUUGUUUGGAUUUACUGUUUGGUCUCUGAGUGCAUGUGUAAUAUCUGAAUAAAAGUACAUGUUUGUUUGAUCUUCUCCAGCUGAUUUGGACUGAAACUCAAAAAAACAAGUCGAUUAAAGUUACAGCAGCGCAGAGAAGAAAAGACAAACAGAGUUAUAAAGUCCUGAGGAUCACGUCCUGUUAUAGAAAAUCAACAUUAAGGACUUCCAGACGUGUCUCUGGAGGUUAAAGUUAAGUUUUAUUGGUGUUGUUGCAGGAUUAAGUUAAAGAUCGGCUGCUUUGUUCUGGUUUUCUGCUGCAGAGUCUGCAGAGAUGAGGAUGAAGGGGGGGGAUGGUUUUUGUUCUUCCUCGUCUGCAGCAUCACCUCAGAUCUGUGCAGGAGGACGUCACAGAAACUGUCUUUGUGUUUUAUCUGUGUGGACACAUUCAUUUUGACUUCUGUUUGCAUGACUUGCUUUUUAAAAAACCUGAGGACGCGUCUUUUUUCCCCCCGGACAGUCGCCAAAUCGCAUCGCGCUUGACCUAAGGGGAGUUUGUUUUUGAAGUGGACCUUUAAUUACCUGUCUAUAUCUGGUUUAAAUCUGCUUUUAAUUGUUUGUCACUAAUGCUGCAAACUCAUGCCAAACUUGACGGUGAAAGAAAAAGAGGCUUUUGGGUUUUCGUCGAAUGUGCAUUAAACCUGAGAGGUUCUUUAACUUCCUAUGUGUGAGUUUCUGUGCUUGUACCUCCAUGUUGUAUCAUCAUCAUCAUCAUCAUCAUCAUCAGACUUAAAGACUUCAUGCAGAGUUUCAUCAUCUCAUCUAAAAAUAUUCAAGGCUCACACUCGUCAUCAACCCUCCGCGGUACAAACAUAACGAGGCGAGCGCGCUCUCAUGCAUGCUUUAUCAAUUUCACGAGUGUCAAGAAAACGAUGCCUGAGGCUGUUCUCAUCUGCUCCUCAUCCUCAUACCUAUAGACAACAGUGAUGCACUGUAAUAUGUGUGUAACCCUCGUAACUGUGAGCCGGUUUGAAGACACCGGUCAAAACUACUGUACCUUUAAAAACACAUGAACUGGAGUUUAAGUGGAGAAGACAGAAACGCUCCAAAGUGGAUCAUUUAGUGGAUGUUUUCUGUCACUCGAUGUGCCUUUCCAGUUUGAUGAUGAGCUUAAAUUUAAUUGUCUCUGAAGAAUCAACCACACCUCCUCCUCCUGUCUGCUCCUCUCUCUCUCUCUCUCUCCGGCUGAAUGCACGUCAACGUUGCAAUUGACGUGCGCGAUAUUGAUGUGCAAUUGACACCCCGCAGAGAGCAAGAUUGUGACGGCUUUCUCCGAGACACUCCAGUGGAAUUAGACGGAUGUGUGAUGGAUAGAUAACACCCCGCAGCUUUCUAAAGGAAGAAAAAGGAGAAAUAACUAAAUCAUUAUUGAUAUUUGUGCGUGUGUUCAGAGAGGUUAAAGUCCCGGGAGGAUGUUUAGGUGGUUAAAGGUUCGAAUGCAGGAAAGGAGACCAGAAGUAAAACGGUACAAAUGUUUUCAUCAAUAAACCGACAGGCGCACAAUUACCUUCAGUUAAUGAGUCGUAAUGAAAUGAGAGAAUCUGAAGUGACCGUGAUGAUGACGAGUAAAAACAAACAGAAUAUUCAACUUGAAGCUCCUGUAAGCAACUUUUGGUUUAAACCAAUUAUAGCGCCCCCUGUGGAGAAACAGUCUUCCCUUAUUUUAUCCUCUAACACCCAGUUUCAACCGCAUCAAGAACGGCUAUGAAAAGGUCGUAUCCUCCAAUCGUAGUUGAUCGUAACCGUUCAAGUUAUCGUGUCAAUUUACACCGACUUCUUUCCGUUCCUCUGCAGAUCGCCGGACUCCUCAGCUGAUCACAAGAGUUCUAAUUUUUGAACGCCGGAGCAUGGCGGAUAAAUUCCGCACAGAUUAACCCGUGCUGGAAAGGAAGUCGGGCACAGACACAAAAUAAAACAUCCAGCUUCUUUUCAAAAUAAAACACUCCGUGUUUCAGGAGGAUCAUAUUUCACACCAUGCAAACGGGCGGAGACGAACAAGUGAAAGGUUUUUAGACGUCAUUUCACCCCGAUGACACCAUGGAUGAGGAGAUGCUGAUUCUAGAAGUCUAGAAGUAGAUUUCCUCCUCUGGAAGGACACAAUCUACUGCUUAUAUGUCUAUGUGUCUGUCUUUAGAGAGACAACUUGUUAUCGUGAGAUUGAACGUGAAUCUGCAGGUUCUUGUGAGUUCUCGUGAUUAACACUGUCCGUAAUCCGCCAAGAAAUUCGCCUCAUAAAUGGAUGCUGUAGGAAUUGGCAGACGGCGAAAAUCACCACUGCAACUGGAUGCGGUGGAGAUUGGAGUUAGUUUUCCAUGCUAAGUUAACUACACGAUCUCCUGUGAAUAUUUAUUUUGUCAACUGCGAGAAUAGAGCCGUUUCUGUAUCAUCUAAAAAAAGUCAGUCUUGCUGCCAAAGGUCAUGUUUCAAUUUGUUUAUCAUAAGACAGCAUCUAUAUAAGUUCCUGUCAGUUUUAUAAGCACGAAAAAGUCUUUUAAAUGAAAGUACAGCUUCUGUAAUGACCUUUCACCUCAGUCAAUGUUAAAGUAGAAGAUAAAGUCAAAGUUUCUAACCUCGGAGAGCAUCCAUACGAGUUUCAGUCUGCUGUACAAACAUCAACAAAGUCUUGAAAACUCACGUCUUCAGGUAAAAACCUCCUCUCCUGUGAUUAAAAGAGCAGAAAAAGCUCGAUCACAUGCAGCUGAAAACUCAAACUCCUUUUUUUUUCCAGGACUGUAGAUUUCCUCUGCUUGCAUCAGCUGCUUUCGCGGCGCGUCGGGAUGCUUUAUGGAUGUUGACAUCUGAAGGUCAGCGGUUCGAUCGAGAAGAAGAAGAAGAAGAAGAGCGAGCACGCGGCGAGAAUUAUGAAAGUAAUAAAUCAGUCAAAUCUGGCAGGUUGCAGCUUUAA